AUGGAGAUGAACACUUUGGAUGCAACAAAGAGCAAUGUGGUGAUGGAGUUUGUGCUUCUGGGCUUCUCUCUGUCACAGCCCAUGGAGCUCCUGGUUUUCAUGCUGCUACUGGCCAUCUUUGCCUUGACUCUAAUGGGGAACAUGGCCAUCAUCACCAUUGUGUAUGUGGAUCUCCACCUCCACACCCCCAUGUACUAUUUCCUCUGCAACCUCUCCCUCUUGGAGAUACUCUUUGUCCUCUCCAUCACUCCAAAGAUGCUAGAGAACCUGCUCUCCCAGGCCAAAGCCAUCUUCUUCUGGGGCUGCAUCAACCAGUGUUACUUCUACUUCUUCCUGGGCACUGCGGAUUUCAUCCUCAUCGCCAUCAUGUCCUUCGACCGCUAUGUGGCCAUCUGCCACCCGCUCCACUACCCUGUCAUCAUGAGUGGGCAUGUUUGUGUCUUCCUGGUCAUGGGUUGUUGGUUGGUUGGGUUUCUCUCCACCCUUUGCCCACUUAUUUUGCUGUGCCAGCUUCCUUUCUGUGGCCCCAAUGUGAUAAACCAUUUCUUCUGUGACUAUGCCCCACUAGUGAGGCUAUCCUGCGUCGACACACACUUCCUCCUCAUGAUCGAGUAUGUCCUUUCCUCGGUGGUUCUGCUCACAUCCUUGUCUGUUACUGCAGUGUCCUACCUUUACAUCAUUGCCACAGUCUUGCAUAUCCCCUCAGCAACAGGCAGGCGAAAAGCCUUUUCCACCUGCACCUCCCACAUCACGGUAGCCUCUAUCUACUAUGGCAGUGUCAUAUUCAUGUAUGCUAGGCCCAUCCAGGGCCACUCCCUGGACCUCCAGAAGGUGGUGGCUGUGUGCAACGUCAUAGUGAGUCCUUUAUUGAAUCCUUUCAUUUACACCUUAAGGAACGAGAAGGUCAAAGAGGCCCUCAAGGAAUACUUGACUAGAAAGAGCUCUGUUCUGCAACCAGAGCCUUGAUACACAUACUUCUUCAUCUCAAUAAUGAAUUGCUGCUUUUAUCCAUUGAGUAUCAUUGUUAUUUAGUGGGGUGGAAGCUUGAC